UUUGGACUUUCAGUGUAAGAAAGCCGUGAAGAAAACGCCAUUUCAGAAAAUGCAAUCACUCGCAAAAUCCUUCUCUUCUAACUAACCCCCCACCCCCAAAGUCGAGGAAAUUACAGUUCUGCCACUGACUGCCCCUUUUUAAGCUCUUCGAUUCUUCCAACCCUACCUGCAUUGACAUCCAUGGCUAUUACACCGCUUCUUCUGUUGUAUUUCUCUUCCCUUCUGUGCGUUGAAUCGCAGUAUAUUGCUUACAAUACAUCGCAGCGGAUCGUUCCCGGGAAAAUCAACGUUCAUCUGGUCCCUCACACGCAUGAUGACGUGGGAUGGUUGAAAACCGUCGAUCAGUACUAUGUCGGAUCGAACAAUUCGAUCCGGGGAGCCUGUGUACAAAACGUGUUGGAUUCUGUUGUUUCGGCAUUGUUGGCGGAUAAGAAUCGGAAAUUCAUCUAUGUGGAGAUAGCAUUUUUCCAGCGGUGGUGGCGACAGCAGAGUGAUGCAAUUAAAAGUAUUGUUAAGGAUCUUGUGAGCUCAGGCCAGCUAGAGUUCAUAAACGGUGGUAUGUGCAUGCAUGAUGAGGCGACACCACAUUACAUUGACAUGAUUGAUCAGACGACUCUUGGCCACCGAUUUAUUAAGGAGGAGUUUGGCCAAACUCCGAGAAUUGGUUGGCAAAUUGAUCCCUUUGGACAUUCUGCCAUACAAGCUUACUUGUUGGGAGCGGAGGUUGGAUUUGAUUCGCUCUUUUUUGCUCGGAUUGAUUACCAAGACAGAGCUAAGAGGAAAGACGAAAAGAGUCUUGAGGUUGUUUGGCAUGGUUCUAAGACCCUAGGAUCAUCUUCACAGAUUUUCACUGGUGUGUUCCCUGUGCAUUAUGAUCCACCCUCCGGUUUCAACUUCGAAUUUAACGAUGACUCCCCGAUUGUUCAGGAUGACAUUCAUCUGUUUGAUUACAAUGUUCAAGAGCGAGUGAAUGACUUUGUAGCUGCAGCAGUAAACCAGCUGCUACUGGAGAUGCAUCAAAAACAAAUAUUGCAUUUGGCUAACGUUACUCGUACAAAUCAUAUCAUGUGGUGCAUGGGGACAGAUUUUAAGUAUCAAUAUGCCACAACAUGGUUCAGGCAGAUGGACAAGCUCAUUCAUUAUGUCAACAAGGAUGGGCGUGUCAAUGCCCUAUAUUCAACGCCAUCAAUUUACACUGAUGCAAAACAUGCGGCGAAUGAAUCCUGGCCGCUGAAGACUGAUGAUUUCUUUCCUUAUGCAGAUCGUGCAAAUGUAUAUUGGACAGGAUACUUCACCAGUAGGCCAGCAUUUAAAGGCUAUGUGAGAACGAUGAGUGCUUACUAUUUGGCAGCAAGGCAGUUGGAGUUCCUCCUAGGGAGGAAAAGUUCAGGGCCUAAAACAGACACUUUGGCUGAUGCUUUAGCGAUUGCUCAACAUCAUGAUGCAGUUAGUGGAACAGAAAGGCAGCAUGUGGCUAGUGAUUAUGCAAAACGCUUGUAUAUGGGCUAUGCAGAGGCCGCAGAGUUAGUUGAAUCUUCCCUCGCUUGCUUGACAGAGUCGAGUUCAAAUGAUGGAUGUGACCACCCAACAACUAAAUUUCAACAGUGUCCUCUUUUGAAUAUAAGUUACUGCCCUGCAUCAGAAGUUGAGUUGUCUCAUGGGAAAAGCCUGGUUGUUGUCGUCUACAAUUCUCUCGGGUGGAAGCGAGAGGAUAUAAUUCGAAUACCUGUUAUCAGCGAAUCAGUUAUUGUUCGUGAUUCCAAAGGAAUGCAAAUCGAAUCACAGCUUAUACCUUUACUCAAUUCCUCAGCGAGCAUAAGAAACUACUAUGUUAGGGCGUACUUGGGCAUAUCUCCUAGUGAUAUGCCUAAGUUUUGGCUUGUGUUUCCAGCAACUGUACCACCUCUUGGUUUCAACACUUACAUCAUCUCAAGCGCAAAACAGACAGGCCCUAGUGCAACCAUGUCAACAGUACACAUAUCACAACUAAGUGAAAAUGGUGUGAUAGAAGUUGGGACAGGAAAUCUAAAGCUCACUUACGAUGUGGAUGAAAGCAAACUUACUCAGUAUUCUAAUAGCAGAAGCUCGGUGAAAGCAUUUUUAGAACAAUCAUACAGUUUUUAUUCUGGAUUUAACGGAACAGUUAAUGAUACUCAGGCCUCUGGAGCAUAUAUAUUUCGUCCAAACGGCACUUUUCCCAUCAAAUCUGAAGGAAAGGUACCACUGACUGUCUUACGGGGACCACUGUUAGACGAAGUACAUCAAAAAAUCGAUUCAUGGAUAUAUCAGAUCAGUAGAGUUUACAAGGGAAAGGAGCAUGCUGAAAUUGAGUUCACUGUGGGGCCCAUACCCAUUGAUGAUGGAUUUGGGAAAGAGAUCAUCACUCAAAUUGCAAGUAAAAUGACGACCAACAAAACAUUCUACACAGAUUCUAAUGGACGUGAUUUUAUUAAAAGGAUUCGAGAUUAUAGAAAAGAUUGGGACCUCCAAGUCAACCAACCUGUUGCUGGAAAUUAUUACCCUAUUAAUCUUGGAAUUUACAUUGAAGACAACAGCACGGAGCUCUCAAUAUUGGUUGACCGGUCUGUGGGGGGGUCAAGCAUAGUGGAUGGGCAAAUAGAAUUAAUGCUCCAUAGGAGGUUGCUUCGUGAUGAUUCGAAAGGUGUUGGAGAGGCGCUGAAUGAAACAGUUUGCGUCCUUGAUGAAUGCACAGGACUAACAGAAAGUGGUCUCAAUGAAGGCUAUGCAGCUAUGCCUAGAUGGAAUCAUCUGCCGAGUGGUUGGUGGACGCUAAAUUUGGACAGCUCUUUGCAAGGUAAUCCUGGUCCUAGUGGUAGUGGUGGCAUGUUGAGACUUGAGAGAUGAGAAUGGAAUUAUUUAUUUCUCUUUUUCGUUACUGUCAGUUUUAUGGAUUCUACUACAGCAGAGGUUUUGGUGCAGAUUUUCUCCAAAAGUUGCUCCGGUCCAAUUUUGUGGAUGGUAGCUCUUUUACAUGUUAUAAAUUCAUGUGCAGCAUGGUUUCAAUCAACUAUGGAAGUUCAAUUAUACUUUUUUGUCACCACUAGGACAAACAUUCUGCUUGUCCAUAUUGGAAGAGAGGCAAAUGGUAUUGCUAAUGCUUUAGCUAGAUGAGAGGUCAGUCGGUCUUAUCAUGUAUUAGGCGUAUUGAUUUUUCGUGUCUCUUUUUAAGGUAAGUUUCAUUGCUUGUUAAAAAUGCAUACUUUGCUCUUUAUCCAUGACUCUUAUUUGAUGGCGUCGAUAUGCUACAUGAGUGGAGGUUUAGUCUAGAAUGUUUGGCAUUUCAUUUUACUUUUUUUUUUUUUUUUGUGGGUAAAAAGGGACUCAUAUUAAGGGAGCCAAACAACAGAUGAGAAAAACCUGAGGCAAUAUUUAAGGAGAAGUAAAUAUUCCCAUUUACUAAAAUAGAGGUUUCCGAGCCCAUGUGCACCUUUACACAGAACCUGGCACGUGUAUGGAACAUGGGAAUGGUGCAUAAGGUAGCCCCCACCAUGGAUAUGACCUGGUGUUAAAUAUCAGUCCACCCACUCUUCAGAGGCAGCCUACCUAUAAAUGAAAGGAGAGGAUAGUAAUUUUUUUUCCUCCAAAAGUCCACAUUCAACAUACACAUAUCCUGUUGGUGAAGAUUUCCCAAGGUUCUACAUUCAACUUACACAUGUAUCCUGCCUGAUGGAUGGACCAGCUGAUUGCCUCUUCACAGUGGCAGCCACCUCAUGCACCUCCCAGAUGUUGUACAUAACUGCCAGAUUGGUACGUAUACUGCUUGGAAAGGUGCGUGUGGGACAGGUUGUCUUGGGGCUAACAAACCUCUCUGAAGAAGAAUAGUAGAAGAAUGGAGUUGACUGACCUUUGGAGUUCAAUUGCAUCAUGUUGUUAGAAAGUCAAAAGUUGUGGUCAUGAGUGUGCUUCAAACACAUAUCUUGUGGUUUUAUCCUAACAGCUUGUUAAUUGUAAUUAUUUUUCUGAAGCAUUACC